GUUAUCAGUUUGGGACAGUCAGCUGUUGAAUAAUGGUUUUUGAGUAUUAAUGAGCUUUACUGUCAGGUUGGCAACCGAUCCUCCUUUGCUUCCUCUUUAAAGGGUCAUAUGAUGCUGCUAAAAACAACAUUAUUUUGUGUAUUUGGUGUAAUGAAAUGUGUUUAUGCGGUGCGCGAUCGACGGUAGAGAGGUUUACAUAAAGGGGUUUGAGUUACUAAUAAUCAGCAUUUAACCUGGUUAAAAAUAUUUAUUUCUUGUUAUCUGUGUUAUAGUUCAUCUGCAACAGCAAUGUGAACUUUUAUAAACAUCCAUUUGGUCAUUAACUUUUAAAUGCAUCAUUAUUCAGAAAAUAUGAGCAGAGUUUCUCCGCAUGAAAGACCAACAAGCUUCUUCUUUUCUCUCCAGUACAGUAGGAAGUCAAAUUAAACUGAAUGUGGAGGAUGUUAAUUGUUACAAGAUGAUUGACAGGUCAGUUUACAGUGACAGGUGCGUGUAACAGGUGCGACAGAGCGCUCAGACGCAAUGUGUGUCCCAAAGCAACCCGUCCUCACCUAUCUGCGUAUAAAUAACACGACUUUACACUUUCAAAUUGCGUGUAAUGCGUACGCCAAAGUCCAAUUUUGCGUGCAUAUGAUACGCCAAUCCUUCCCAUUAACUUCGGUGGAGAGCAGAUGCGUCUAAAUACCACGCGUCACCUUCAGCUGCGAUGACGUCACCAGCGAGGCUCAGUCCGCCUCUUCACCUGCACCUGAUGCGCGUCCCGUUACAUCUUCAAACAGUACAAUGUCAAAAGGAAAUAAGAACAAACUAGAAGCUGUUCUUAGCUCGGGGAUGCAUUUUUACUUCCAAACAGUUGGUGCUGGUACUUCUCCAUGUGCUAGUUCCACCAUCACAACUUCAUGUACUAGCUACCAAAAUCCUGGAGUGAAGAGCCAGGGUUUUUUGAUGGAGUGUUUUUAUCCCAAGACUCUGAGGUGUCCAGUUUUGUUGAGGAAGUCCGGGGGGCUGUCAAGAGUACGGCAGGAAGAGCAAUGUGUGGGGAAUCCCAAUGGGCAGCAGCAAGAGAGACAUCAAAGCAGGCCAACAAGUUGGACGAAGAAGGUGUAGAAAUUGCUGUGUGCAGGCAUGGAUUCCUCCUCAAAGGUCUGAAUAUGUAUAGAGGAGAAAUCUUUGCAUAUCCAAUGUUUCUCCAAAAAGAGUUCCAGGAUGCUGUAUUUUUGUCCAUGGAUGUGACCUGCCGUUAUGUGCCAUACCUGGAGAAGGUGUCAGAGGUCCUGACUCAUCUUCAGCCUCUUCAGAAAAUCAGACAUUGCUUGUCCGUGAUGCAUGCCAAAGCCCACAAUACAAAAUGCGAGAUUCUGUGGAAUGCAAGGAACCAAGAAGGUGCCGGAACCACUCUUGGUGAAGAAGUAGAGCAAGUCAAUAGUUUUCUCUCCAGAUGUGCCCUGACCACAAAGUAUAUGUCCAAGUCAGUAAGGACUGAUAUGCUUACUGUCCAUGCUAUUGGGUGGAAUCAACGUAAAGAGAAUGGCCUCCACAUUGCCUUGUCUUCCAGAUUCAAAAAGACAGUAGAAAACACCUUAGAUGCAACAGAGAGCCUGAAGAAGAUACCAGGACCAGUUGCAUUGCAGUGAUGACAUGCUAAAGCAGUGGGUUGUUGAUGUCAAGCAGUGGGCCAGUAGCGGUAAGGGCAAUGUUGUUUUAUACAUAAACACUGUUGGAGUAAUUUGGUUGUAAUGCAUGUAGCUGUUGCUUAAUGUUAAAUUAUGAUGUGGGGAUGGGCACUAUUUGCAAGUCUU